AGCUAGAAACCUACCAGAGAUUCCAUCUCAAAAUCAAAAUAUCUGCAGCUAUAUAUCAAGCUUUCUUCAUCUCUAUAUCCCAAGACAGAUGUUUCCCUGGGUAUACUACGAGUAUUCAUGCGAAGUUGUUGGAAUGGCUUGGAUUAUGCUGAAAGUGGACUAUUCAAGGCUGUUCUGGUUAUUAUUUGGUGUCUUUUCGUAUCAGAAUCUAGGAAGGCCUCCGAUCAUCUAGCAACUAGCUAACCUCUUGCAAUCCCCACUUCCUUAACCAUUAUAUUCUGUAGUGUGUGUUUAGUAAUAAGAACUAUUGCGUGCUAUAUUUACAGCAAAUAAACUACUAUAACAAAUCAGCUUGAAAAAGAAUCAACUGGGGUCUUGUUUUUAGGGCAAUUCAUUGAUUUCUGAACCAUGUAUAAGACUCGAGUUGAAGCAUGUGUUGAUGGAGCUAAGGCACAGCUUGGAUAUGUUGAGACCCUUCGAUCUGGUGGGUAUGGACGUGCAAGUCAAUUUCUUGCUUAAUUUUCUUUCUUAGAUUAUUGUUUUCAGAAAAAACAAUAGUGAAAAUGAAAUCCUCAUGUCUCUCUUAUUUUAAAAUAAAAAAGAAAAUUGUACUAAAAAUAGAUUUAUUUUUAAAAUAUAAUUAAUUCCUCGAAUACACGCCAUAAGAUUUUUCCCGAUCCACCCAAAGACCCCCCCCCCCCCUCGCUGCCAAAAAAACAAAGAUGUCUGUGUACACGCAAAAAUGAACUUCAAAAGAAAGAUAGGGCCUUUUUUUGUUUUAUUUAAGGACAUGAAAUAGGGCUAAUUGACACUACAAAAUACGUACAUCAUUCCUCCCAAAGACUACUUCUAUAACCAUCAUCAAGACUUGCAUAAUAUAGAAAUUUCGCUAUCUUUCUAUCUGUUUAUUUCUUCGAGUAAUAUUUUGUUUCUGUGAUUAUGGCUACUGGGCAAGCACCAUUCAACCCCGUUCCUGCUAUGAGAACAUACCCGCCAGUGGAGCAUCCAGUGGUGGUAAUAGGGCCACAGUACCUGGCACAGUACCCUGUUGAACUCGCCGUCAACAGUGAUUUUAAGGUGUCUGACAUUAAUGGCACCCUCAUCUUCCAGGUCAAAAGUAAACUAUUAAGCCUCCAUGAUCGUCGUUUUCUGAAAGAUGCAGCCGGUAACACCCUUGUCAAUCUCAGGCAGAAGAUAAGCACCAUGCAUGACAGGUGGGAGGUUUUUAGAGGAGAAAGCAAGGAGGAGAAUGACUUGCUUUUCACAGCCAAGAAAUCAAAGCUGUUCCAAUUCAAGACUGAGUUAGACGUAUUCUUGGGUAACAACAAAGGAGAGGUCCCUGAUUUCAAGGUCAAAGAAGGCUACAACGAGAGUUCCUGCUCUAUACUUCUUGGAGAUUGCAAUACCAUGCUUGCACAAGUGCAUGGAAGACACAUUCUCGCGAUCAUGCCUAAUGUUGAUUAUGCCUUCAUAGUGGCUCUUGUGGUGGUGAUUCUCGACAGGAUCAAUGCGAAUGAUGUGGCCAUUAUCGGCAUUAACGGCGUUAACGGUGUUAUCGAUGGAUUUGCUUCGUCAGUGUAAAGAACACACUCCAUUGGUAAAAGUCACCGACAGAAACUGUUUAUCGGCAUUUAGAUCGUCUGUAAUUUCUGUUUUUAUUGCUAAUUCUGUCAGUAAAAAAAAAUAAACACCGACGCUCGUAUAGAUGGAAAAAACGUGUCAAAAAAAAUUCCACUAGAAAUAUACAAACGGAAUAAUUCAGUCUGUAUUUCCAGCGGUCACUCACUGAAGGAAAAGUUUUGUCGGUGAAUGUGGCAUAGGCAGUAAAUACUUAGCAACUCUCUGUAAAAUACCGAUGGUCUUUAGCUGUUGAUGUAGACGUCGAUGAUAG